AUGACUUACCUCACCUACAGAUACAAGGAAUAUAUGACUCACUUCACACACAGAUACAAGGAAGAUAUGACUCACUUCACACACAGAUACAAGAAAUAUAUGACUCACUUCACACACAGAUACAAGGAAGAUAUGACUCACUUCACACACAGAUACAAGGAAGAUAUGACUUACCUCACCUACAGAUACAAGGAAUAUAUGACUCACUUCACACACAGAUACAAGGAAGAUAUGACUCACUUCACACACAGAUACAAGGAAGAUAUGACUCACUUCACCUACAGAUACAAGGAAUAUAUGACUCACUUCACCUACAGAUACAAGGAAUAUAUGACUCACUUCACACACAGAUACAAGAAAUAUAUGACUCACUUCACACACAGAUACAAGGAAGAUAUGACUCACUUCACCUACAGAUACAAGGAAUAUAUGACUCACUUCACCUACAGAUACAAGGAAUAUAUGACUCACUUCACACACAGAUACAAGGAAUAUAUGACUCACUUCACACACAGAUACAAGGAAGAUAUGACUCACUUCACACACAGAUACAAGAAAUAUAUGACUCACUUCACACACAGAUACAAGGAAGAUAUGACUCACUUCACCUACAGAUACAAGGAAUAUAUGACUCACUUCACACACAGAUACAAGGAAAAUAUGACUCACUUCACACACAGAUACAAGAAAUAUAUGACUCACUUCACACACAGAUACAAGGAAGAUAUGACUCACUUCACCUACAAAUACAAGGAAUAUAUGACUCACUUCACACACAGAUACAAGGAAGAUAUGACUCACUUCACCUACAGAUACAAGGAAUAUAUGACUCACUUCACACACAGAUACAAGGAAAAUAUGACUCACUUCACGUAG